GAGAGAGACGACUCAGCUGAGCUCAUAGGAAGCAGGGAAUCGGAGAAAGCUUCUUAUCCUAUUUUACAGGGGAACCAAACGUGUUUUGGUUCGUUAGACUCGUAUCGGUAAGAGCUUCAGGCUCGGCUGAUAUUGAUUUGGUAUUUUUGUGCGGUAUGUGAUGUGACAGAGGUAUAUUCCAGCAUCGCUGCUGUGAGGAUGGCAGGACGGAGCGGUGGCCUUUCGGAUCGCAGCUUAAAUGCCGCUUUGUUCGCCGUCCAGAAGUGGAUUGAUAUUUCAUUCAUGUGCAUCUGAAUUCAGUCUGUAUAAAGACCACGAGCGCAGCUCUUCAGCACCGCACACAGCACACAGCACCGCACCGAGUCCAAGGACUAGAGUUCUUUCUGAGAUGAAUCCUCCUCAGCUCUCUGGGGUGCUGGUGCUGAUGUUGGCCCAGAUGUGCGCGUCUUCUAUUGGUUGUCCUUCUGGGUGCCGCUGCUAUAGUUUGACUGUCGAAUGUGGAUCCAUUGGGCUCAAAGAGAUCCCUCAGGGCAUCACACAUGGGACACAGACCAUCUUUCUACAGGACAAUGCUAUUGGACAGAUCCGUCAGCAGGAUCUAUCUGAUCUCGGCCAGCUGCACUACCUCUACCUGCAGAAUAACAGCAUCUCCACGCUGGAGGCCGGGGCCUUCAGAAACCUGGGCCUGCUCCUGGAGCUCGCGCUUAACGGAAACCGCAUCCACCUGAUCACAGCUGACGUGUUCCGCGGCCUGGACCACCUGCGCAUCCUCUACCUGGCAGGAAACCAGAUCACCCGACUGGAGGACUACACCUUCCGGGGACUGCAGCGGUUGCAGGAGCUGCAUCUGCAGGAGAAUUCAGUGGAGGUGUUGGGAGAUCAAGCUCUGGUGGGUCUGUCCUCUCUGGCUCUUCUGGACCUGAGCAGGAACAACCUGAGGACCCUGAGCCCCGCUUCACUCAAACCCCUCGUCAGCCUGCAAGUGCUGAGGGUCACAGAUAACCCGUGGCGCUGCGACUGCGCUCUGCACUGGCUGCGCGGCUGGAUAAAUGAAGAGGGUCAGAGGUUAUUAAGCUCAGCUGAGCGCCGGAUGCUGUGCACCGAACCUCCGCGUCUCUCCCAUCUCAGUCUGGUCGAGGUUCCUGCGAACAGCCUUGUUUGCAUCCCGCCCGUAGUGCAACUGGAGCCCAGCCACCUGACGGUUCGUUUGGGGGAGAGUUUACGUGUAUCCUGCCAGGCAUCCGGAUACCCACAGCCACAAGUCACCUGGAGGAAAGCAUCCCAUGGAAAAGCCCAGCUGUCUCCAAGAGGUCUGGUGCAAGAGGUCGGGAUGGAUGGAGACACCAAGACCGGUGGGAGGUUGGUAACGGCCAGGCCUGGUGGAAAAGGAGGGCCGGCGAGUCGUGGCCCGGUCCGAGGAGGAACCGACGAUGGAGGCGACCGGGAAAGCUUCGAUCCUGAUACAGGAAGCGGGAUGCUGUUUCUCAGCAACAUCACGGUGGCUCAUGCUGGACGCUACGAAUGCGAAGCCUGGAAUCCUGGCGGAGCGGCUCGGGUGACUUUUCACCUGUCAGUAAACGUGUCUUUGUCUUCGUCCCGUUCAGAAAUCUGGCCUCGACUGCAUUCCUCAUCUUACUAUCACCCUUCCUCGGUGGACGUGAGUCAGGAGCCGCUUUAUGAACUUGAAAGCAUGGACUUCAAUGCGCUGGGAACCGCAACCCAGACUGCCAUCGCUGUGGGAAUUUCUCUCUUGGCGUUGACGGCAUUGUUGCUUCUCUGCAUGAUUUACAGUCGCCACCGCCAACGGCAGAAAGAGGAAGAUGGAUAUGGUGCCAGCAAAGAGGAAAGCAUCCUCUAUGUCAACGACUACUCAGACGGUCCCACCACGUUCGCUCAACUUGAAGAGUACCGAGACGAACGUGGCCACGAGAUGUAUGUGUUAAACCGCGCCAGACCUGUGCUGCCUUCUCCGCAGUCCUGCAACCAGCAGGGGUCGACGCUAAAAGCCAGUGAGUGCAUGCUGUCCCCAGAACGGGCACCAGGGAUCGGACCUCGCAGGCCUCCUGCAGAAGGAGGCGAAGGACCUCCGCUUGAUCCCGAAGGGUUGUUCAUGAACCAAAGCUUGCUGUUUGACACACAGAUCGCUUAUGAGAUCCACUGCUAAACUGGAUCCCUGGAUAGACUUACAGGUUCUUGCCAUUGGAUGUUAUCCUGCUGGAUUUCCUUUUGUUCUCAGAGCACAAAUGUAUUUUUGGUGAAAAGCAUUGAACGUAAAACAGACUUAAAAAGCGGCAGUGUGUAGUUUCGGUGUCACCAAAUGGAUUUGCAGAAAUGUUGUCCGAUUGGUACCCAAAGUUAUGUCAGUGGUUGAGUCAGUAUUGCUACAAAAGAAAAAACUAUUUUUGAUUCCCCAAAAGAGCCUGUCAGUGAACGGUUUUAUGAAAAAAAAAGUUUUUUCUUGGUGUGAAGAAGAUUCUGAUAAUAUAAAGAACCUUUAUUCACCAUUUUGUACGAUGGAAAGAUUCACUCUUUAAAAAAGGUACAUUUGUUGCAUCUAUGGUUCCAUUAAGACCCUUUAACAAUCAUUCCAUAAAAGUUUCUUUAUAGUGGAAAAUGUUUCUUUAGAUUAUUAACAUUUUCUUCACACAAAGAAAAAAACAAAUUUGAGAAUUGUUAACUGAAAGUUCUUUGGGGAACCAAAAGUGUUUCUUCAAUUGCAUUGCUACAAAAACACCUUUGGGAACCUUUAUUUUCUAAGCGUGUAUAUUGUGAAGCCCAAAUGAGGAGAGAAAUUAAAAAAAUAAAAAAAUAAAUCAGUGUUUAUUUUCUUUGGGAAAUUAUUAUGAAUGAUUACAUAUAAUCGUCUCUGGGAUUGCACACAGUAGGUUUUAGGGAAUAGUUCAUCCAAAAAUGGUUACCGUUUGCAUUUUCUGCAUGAUUGUUUUGUUUUAUAGAAUCACAAAUGAUGAUUUAUUUUUAAGCAGCACAGCUGUUUUCAACAUUGAUAAUAAUAAGAAAUAUUUAUUGAACACCAAAUCAGCAUAUUAGAAUGAUAAAGGAUCACGUGACACUAUAGAGUGGAGUAAUGAUGCUAUAUUCAAAUAGAAAACAGUUAUUUUAAAUAAUAAUGUUUCAAAAUAGUAUGUUUUUACUGGAUUGUUUAUAAAAUGACUGCAGCCAUGGUGACAUUCUUUAAAAAACAUUUUUUUUAAAACAUACUUUUUUUUAACAACCCAGUAUUCAUCACUCACUAUGACAGAUAAUGAUGAUUUAUGUUGCCGCCUUUGUUUGGAACAACAUCAAGGUAAAUAAAUGACAGGAUUUUCAUUUUUGCAUGAACUAUUCCUUCAUUACAACAGUGCUGGUUUUUGCUGAAAGCUAAUUCUUAUGAAACGAGAGCUGUUACCUUCUUUUAAAGGAAGAGGCUACACGAAACUACCAAAAAUAGAUAUUUUUUGUCUUGUACAGUGAAAUGAAGUGAUCCAGAAUGAGAGUUUGACCUCUUGGACAGAGACUGUGAGGACAGCAGCAAACAGCAUUUGUCGGGACGUCCCUGUGUCCAGUGUUAUGUGUCAGACAGUGUGAAUAGCUUAAUGUCCUUCUUGCAAAUGCUGUCUACAUAUUUCAAGUAUCCUUUCUUUCUGGUGCAUUCCUGUGUGUAUUUAUGUGUGGUUGGCAGGCAGCAGAAGAAAAUGAAACCUGCUGUAUAAACAAGAACCAAAAGCAGAUUGAAUGUUUGUUCUCUACAGACUUGAUACAAAUGAAGUAGUCGCAUCUAUUUCCAGUCUGAGGCUCGUUUGCUCUCCUACUCUUGACCUCUGUUGGAACAACACUGUGAACAAACAAACAGGAAUCCACAUUCACAGCUAGCUUUUGUAAGUUAAUAGAUAUGCCAGUUUCUUUCAUAUAACAAUAUUGUUUUUGAGAGUGUGAGUAAUGUUUCCUCUUGGCUUUUUUCCUCUGAAGUGAUCACAUCAGGGUAAACUGUAUAAAAGCAUUCAUUUCAGCUUGUGGGGACAUCUCAAGAUGUAACGCUUCUGCUCAACAAUACUACAGUUUAUGUAUUUCUGUCAAAUGUCUAUCAAAUUACAACCUAUUUUAUCCAAAUAAAUGAUGCCUUUAUUUGA